GGACGACACACCAGGUGUGCCAGAGAGAGAGAGAGAGAGAGAGAGAGAGAGAGAGAGAGAGAGAGAGAGAGAGAGAGAGAUGACGAUCCGUUGAUGAGCGAGCAGUCUCCACUCGAGGCAAUUCGACAGUUGAAGAAGAAAGAACAUGCAAGGAAUGAUAAUGUCAGCGAGAAGGCUGCUGAGGUCAACCAUGCAGGGGAACAGAGGGCGAAGAGGAAAGAGAAUGCAGGUGAGAACGUGUCAAAGCGGAAAGGGAGGAAAGAGAAAGGAAACGUUGAUGGAGGGAAUGCAAGGCGUUGGAAGUUCAGGCCAGGGACAGUUGCACUUCGAGAUAUUCGCAAAAUGCAGAAGUCAACUGAAAGACUGAUUCCUUUUGCUCCAUUCACACGGUUCGUCAGGGAAAUACUGGAAGAUGACAAAUGGAGGAGAGGAUGGGGAGAAGAAACUAGUUAUUUGCCAGGGCCAACAAGAAUGUCACUUCUUGCUCUCAAGGCUUUUGAAGAGGAAGUCGAGGCCUACGUCGUGCACGUGUUGAAUAUGACAAACCAGGUUGCUUUCCAUUCGAAGAGAGUGACUAUCAUGAAGAGGGAUAUGCAGUUGGUGAUUGAAUUGAAGAAGGGGACAUGUGACUACGGCACAGACAAGAUCCCGCGUCAGAGAGAAAAGAAGGAUGAUCCAGUGCAGCAGAAAACAGAGGGUCCUGGACGAAACCAGAUAGACAGCACGCAGAUGGCCAAAGAGGACCCAUCGCGGAAGAAAAAUGUCCCAACAUCGAAGAAAAAGGAACUCCAGCAAUGGAGAAAGGACUCAUCAGCCGCCACAGGUGCGCUGUUCUAUUCUGCACAACCUUCCUCUUGCACGUCAGAAGACAGCGCACCUGCCGACGCGGGUUCCUUACAAAGGGAAGUGGGUCCAUUUGCCCUCAACUACCAGGUCGCAACUCCUACAGAGGUUGAUAGGCAGCGCAAGCGACAGCAGGGUUCGAAUCUCGUCGCCGCAGAGUGUAAGAAGAGCUGUGUAGAGGAGGAGGAGGACAGUAGUGAUCGUAAUUAUCAACAAACCAAACUUGUUGUGGCCAUGUUCAGAGGGGAUAGCGGUUCAGAGAAAGUAACAAAGCACGAUGUAAAAGCAGAGGAUUUAAUCCUUCAGUGGACGCUCCAGAACUCAUCUCAUUCCGCUGGCCAGGAAGAGAAUCCUACCCCCAGCAAAGCUGUGGAGAGAAAAUUUGAGCGGUCAUUUGUUUAUGAUGGUGACAACAGAGAAAACCCUGUUAUCAUGUCGCAGUAUUUUUGCACAUUUGAUGGAAGAGGGCAGGGUGAGGGAGAGGAGGCAUUUGAUGCACAAGUGGACAUGGAAAGUUUUGACAUCUUCAACGAGAAACUUGUUGCACAUGCGUACAUCGACGAGGAGUUCUGCAAGAUUCCAGAGUCAAAGGACAGCAGUGAAGCAGGAUGGUGUCAUGCCGUGCUGAGGUUAGCAAGACACUACAGUGAGCCGCAUCCCGCUUUACGUAUCGUUGAUGGAUCGGCGUACCCCGAUGAAAAGCUAAUGCAGCUAGCAGUCUCAUCACUCAUGAGAACAUGUUAGACGGGGAAGGACUUUUCAUGUGGUGGGAACUGACGGUUUGUGUUGGUAAAUAAAGAGGCUGUUAUGUG